CAAAGAUGGCGGCGCCCGGUACGAAGCAAGUUUUGCUCUCGCUAAUCGAAGAUGUAGAAAUAAUCACAAAAGAACUGUUUGAGCUGAUGUCAGCCAAGAAGACUGAGACUUCUACAGAGCCUGUAGCAGACACGGGGCAACUGAUGGAGUUGCUGCUGAAGAAAGAUGCAGAAAUACAGGCUGCUUUGAAAACAGCAACAGAGCAAGGUGAAGUCCAGAAGAAGAUUGAAGCCUUGCAGGUAGAAGUUGACAGAAGAGAUGCUGAUAUACUUCAGUUGCAGAAGAAUCUGAAGGAAGCAGAAACUAUUUUGGCAACAGCCAUAUAUCAAGCCAAACAGAAACUGACCUCCAUCAAGCAGGCUAAUCAGAAGUCCAUUCCGUCUGAAGAGCUCAUAAAGUAUGCACAUAAAAUUAGCUCUAGUCAUGCUGUAGCAGCUCCUAAUACUUGGCAACCAGGUGAUCCCAGACGGCCAUAUCCCACAGAGUUAGACAUGAGGAUGGGAUUCCUGGGGCGGCUGAACAACCCUAACUUCCAGUCCCAGCCUGGGUUAGGAGCCGAUCCUCAACUCUCAAGGCAGCCAGGACAGUUAGACCACACUCCUUCCCAUGCAGCAUCGAUGCCAUGGCAACCACCACCAGAGCUGUCAUCCAGCAUUUCCAUGACAACGUCCAAUCAGGCAGCAAUGUCAGAGGUCAAAGGGCUGAACAAAGAGAAUGAAGAUGUUGAAGUGAUGUCCACAGAUUCUUCAAGCAGUUCUUCUAGUGACGAGUCAAGACCGUAAAAGUAAAGUUAGUAAUGAUAUAAAAUUAUCAUCAGGUUAAGAUGAGGGUCCAUCAACCUUCUUGCUUGUUUUGACCAUUUGUGAAUGGAUAGAAGCAGUUAAUACUGUCAAAUGCAUGCCAGAUUGUGAAGUCCUGAACAGUUAAGUGAUAGGAUAAUGCCGUUUCUAUAUAAAUAUAUUAUUACGUAUGUUUAUGGAAACAUGAUGAGAUUAUACAGGUUUGUAGACAGCAAUUUCAGGAAUGGGGUUGUUUUUUUCUGAAAAAGUGGACUGCUUUACAGUGUUAGUUGUCCUACACAGAGAAUAGGUGUAAACCUAAUUUUGAUUAAAAGGGAAACUUAAUCAGUCAAAAGGGCAAUUCUUAAAAAAACCCUCUCUGUCUGUCUGCAGGCCUGUGAUAUGUAGACUGUAAAAAAAAGCAUAAUAAUUCAACCAACUAAGGGCCAUAUACUGCCUACUUGCAGAAGGCAGACAGAAAUUAGACAUAUCUUUCAAGAGACAUCAAAGAUCUUUAGAGGACCGUAUUAUGCUUGUUGAACCUCAAACAAAGAUUUCCUGUAGUAAAAAGCUGGCUUGACCCAGCACCUGCCUUAUUUUUAGGAGUUGGUUUCAUAGUUGGUGAUGGUUGACUUAACACAGUAGUAUGAACUCUAUUUAGGUGUUGCAGUUUGGAAAUUGAAUUGGUUGAAAAACUUAUUCCAGUUCAUAUUUGUUGAAAUAAUAACCUUGGUCAAAUGUAGGACUGAAAGCUGUAUGGUAAAGCUGUGUUGCAGAAUCCAGUCAGAAUAAUUAAUGAUCACGAAAAAGAAAUUCUAACCAAUUCUUGAAAUAAUUGUUAGUAAUGGGACAUUUCUUUCCUUUGAAUAAUGUCAUUUUGUCUUUGUUUUGUUGCCCUUAUGGGGUCUUUUUCUUUGUGAGUAGUUAAAUUCAUUAACUCAACAAAUUUUCUUAGCGAGGGGCGUCUUUAUUCUGGAAACCAGUUGUUCAGUGAGAUCUACACACUUCAAGCCCCACAUCUAAGUCUGCUUGCUUUCAGAAGUGAAUAUCUUUCUAUAGGGAAUCACCUUAAGUAUCAUGUAUAUAUGAAGUGUUCUAAGAGUUACUUAUAAGGAGAAAGAUUCUAUAAUUUCGUGUAAACAACUCCAUGGCACUGCAUACCCAUGAAAGAAACCACAUAUAAAUCCAUAAAUCACACAUACUUUUAGUAUAGCUACUUAUAAGUAUCAGGAAUCAACUGCUCACUAUCAGAGGCAAAACGCAACACCAGAGCUUGAUCAGACCUGCUGCUGCUGCUUGCUGGGGGGCUGGUGGUGCUGGUGGUGCUGGUGGUGCUGGUGGUGGUAUUUGUACUUCAGGUAUUUCCAGGCUUUCAGGAAAGUCACUAUACCUUUUUGUUUCUCAAAGAAACAGAGCGAGCAUAUAGCAUACUACGUACAUAUUGAUUAUUUAAAACAAAUUAUGAAAGGAAAGCAUACACAACAGCACCUAUACCAAAACAUGAAAUGCAAAAUUUGGUAAAAUUUAGGACAGGGGCACACAAAUUAGCAAUCCAAAGAGGCAAAUACCGAAAACUAAAAUCAAUACCCCCUGAACAAAGUAUCUGCAAAAUAUGCUCAGCUGAAGUCGAAAAUAAAAUACACUUCUAUUAAAAUGCCCCUCACACCAAACACAGGGAGAUCCUAAAACCAGAUCCUACACAAACUCCAGAGGACCAGUUCAAAUGUCUAAUGCAGUCAAGUGAUUUUGAUCGAGAAAUGACUGAACAUUUUUCAAUGUAUAGAGAUCCUAUAUUUAAAUUAUGCUUACAUACAGUUUAAUAGAAAGAUGAGUAUAAGGGUACCUUUCCUUCUAACCCAAGUUGAAUUUGGCAACUUUUCUUAAAACCGAUUUGCUCUUCUGGGGUUUAUUCCUUAUGUCUUAUUACAUUUGCCAUGUCAGACUAGAUAUCAUCUGUCAGAUCUGCCAGUGCUAUUGGUGAUCCAUAAAUAUUAAGUGGAGGGCUUUCAGCGUCAAUACAGAGUCAGUUCCUUACUCCCUCGCCUCUCCUCAUGUCUGAAUAUUUUUGUUUC